GGCUUCAGUUCACUUGUGUCAGUUGUGGAGCAAUGUGCUCUUGCACGAUUGGCUGUGUGCGUAUAACUAUGAAUGAUUUGACUCCUCUGGUUAAAUAAAGUACUUCUCCAUGACAAGAAGCAAAGAGAUAAUUGUGUAAAAAUAGGAGCGCGUCAAGUCACAUAAGAAGAAUUGGGUUUACUAAAAUUAGUAUUGUGCAUUGAGUGAGGCAGGAGGAAAAGUGUUUGUUGUCAACUAACGUUGUUGCUAAUAAUAUAAUACCGUUUACAGCAUAAAGUUAGCGUUGUGGAGGACGCUUGUUCUCAGUGGUGGUGCUCCUGCCACAGGAAGUGGCUGGAAGUGGUGGUCAAAUGCAGGCGUCAGUGUUGAGCAUGCACCAGAGGGUGGGGUUGGUACGGUUGGACGCAGGGGGGUGCAUCUCCCUCUCCGACGUCCUCCACGCGUUCACUACCGGCGUCAAGGAGGAGCAGGCUUGGGCCCUUUGCCACCAGGUCAUCAAGGCUGGGCAGGCCGUCCUCAACAACCCAGAGGACAAAAACCACUCCUUUCUCGUCACGGAAACCUUACAUGUCAAAUUGCACCAGGACGGGAGUGUUCACAAAGACACGUUUCUGCUAGAGCCAGAACCUCAAGGAAAAGGACCACCCAGGGUUCACAGUUCUGAUGAAUGCAAGAUUAUCUCUAAACUGGUACAUGUUGUGUACGAUGCUUUGGAGUACGGCAUGGAGUUUGAAGCAGAGCGUGUGUUGAGUCCUGAUUUGGAAGGAUUUCUGGAGAAAAUGGCUUAUGCAGACGAAUCAGGUGAAAGAUCAGAAACGGAUGACGAAGGCAUCGAAGGAGAUUCGUACGAUGACCACCUCAACUCCAGAUCCUUCAAUUUUCUAGCUCUCCUCAAGGUAUGUCGAGAUAGGCUCGGAAGUUCCCCCAGCGGAGGCUUGUCCUCCUCGGGAAGUCUGAGCAAUUUGUGCCAGAGUGGGAGCGGAAAUGGAAACCAGACAGCGGCCGACAACCAUUACAAAGCUGUCGUUCGUGCCCUUGUAGCCGAAACGCUUGAGCUGUCCACCUUUCUCGAGAAAGUGGCGCAGGGAACGCACGAGUUGAGGGCACCUCGCUCUUCGAGCAGAAGUUCUGGGGGCAGCAACAGUGACGGCGGUUCCGGAGAAAGCCUGGAAGGUCUCCAUUUCACUGUUUGGGCGAGAUUGUGGGUCCAAGUAAUCCGAGAUUUGCGGAACGGUGUGAAGCUAAAGAAGGUGGAUUCCUUCGACUCGAGCGGUCGUGGCUGCCCUCCGAUAGAAUAUGAACUCACGCCCUAUGAAAUCCUCAUGGAUGACAUUCGAUCUCGUCGAUACAAAUUGAAGCAGGUAAUGGUGGAUGGGUCGCUACCUCAGAGGGUGAAGCGGGAUGCACACGAACUCAUCCUCGAGUUCAUCCGGGGACGACCUCCUCUCAGAAAGGCUGCAGAUCGUGUCUUAGCCCCACCUCCAGAGAAACUCCUCCCACCAAUCGAAGCCCUUAUGGAAAGCAUACGAACCCAAAAUCCUCAAAAUCUCAGACCUACCAAAACUAUUGUGAGAAGUUCCGUUCGAAAAGAAUCCCUUCGCCAUCGACAAGCACCUCGUCGUCAAACAUCGCACGAAAUGACGUCUGAUAGGUCAUCAGCGUCCGGGAGGUCAUCAUCAACACCAGCGUCCAAAAAAUCUGCCGACAUUCCAGACGUCACUUCUUCCACCUCGACAAAAAAUAGUACAUCUGGAGGCCAGAAUGACAGUUUGCAGUCUCAGUCUACACCACAGAGGAGACUUAUCAAGGCUGAUUUGGAUGCACUGUAUGGAAAUGAUAAGGAUGACGAUAGUGAUGAUGACCAUCUACAACUCCAAGUAACAAAAGAUAGCGACGGAACCUGCUAUUACGGUCACAUAUGUCCGGAACAUACUCAGUCUGAGCCAACAACCCCUUGGAAAACGAGGACAGACCUUCUGUGUGACAGUUCUUCCAAUGUGGACAACAGAAGAAGGCACACAAUUUGCAAUCCUGAUAUGACUGAAGAACACGGUGCUCUCAUGAUCACGUUCCCACUCGAGUAUACAAACACGCUGAACGUUUACAACUCGCUAAAUGGGCCCGCCGUGUCCCCAAUUCUGGCGAGAAGGAAGCAAAACCUGCCUCGUUCCAUGUCGAAGAGCAUGUUGCAGGAAGAAUUCUUCCAAUCGAAUCAGUGGCAGACGGCGAUGGAAUGCUUGUCUCUAAACUUGGAGGAGGUGGUUCAUAUUCGGAAUGUUUUAACGAAGGCAGAGUUGGAGUCUUUACCAGUAGAUUGUAGUACGAAGGAGGAUGUUCUAAAAGGAAAGGUCUGUUUCCUAUGUCUCAAGGCAAGGUUUAGCUUGUUUGGACCAUGGGGGAAUACCUGCAAGCUUUGCAAGCGGAUGGUGUGUGCCAAAUGUUGCUCAAAGAUGCGAAUACCCACAGAGCACUUUGCUAACAUCCCCGUUUCCACCCUGAGCCCACUUCUCUCACCCACGAGAGAAGAGGACUCUCCGACAAAUACGCCAGGAAAAUCCCCCUCACCACUUCAUCCCUCCGGGGUGGGAGGAGUAGGAGGCAGUUGUCACAGCCUUAUGGGCAAGGGGCGAAAGAACAGCGUAGGCAGUGCACCAACGUCGCCCUCACUCUCCCGUAAAUCGGACGACUCUGGUCAGCGGUCCAUUUCUCCUGGCGGCUUGCUGGAUGGCGACGACCUGCGCGACCGGAUCUCUCCUGAUGGACAAAGUGGUCCAUACAGUCUUCCCACCGUCUCAUCCAUCUCCCUUAGUCUCCAAGCUCUCAAAAGACGUGGAUUUGGCCGGAAAAAGGAAGAGGGCAAGACUGAAAGACUGAUGGGUCAGUUGAUGGUGGUGUGUCAUGACUGCAAAGCUAUGGUUCUUCAAAUUAUUCGUACCUCCCGAGUGAACAAAGGACAACAUUUAAGGGCAAAUAUGACCCUUGACCUUCCGCAGCUACACCAGCUGGCUUAAAUUUAUCAAACGAACUUGAUAACGCUACUCAAAAAUUUAAAUUAUUUUAACUAAUUCAUUCCAGUUCAAGAGUGCAGAAACAUCAAAGAAUCAUUUUGUCUCGCAAACGUAUAAUCUUCUUAUUUUCUCCAACCUAGACUCGUAGCAACUCCUUUCUUUGUGAUAAUUAUUCAUACUUAUACACUGACUAUUAAUUUAUGCAUGCGCAUUCCGGUAUUACAAUGUACAUACAUACAUAGGCCAUCACAUUCGUUCAAUCAUAUUAUUCUCAAAUUUGAAUACAUCAGUUGUCUUGUGCAUAAUUUUUUUAAUAGGUGUUUGCUUCCAAUAAUGCUCUCCUAACUGAAUCUAUAUUAUACAUACAAUACUUGACAUCUCAAUUUUGAAAUUUAAAUCUCAAAGUAAAAUUUAUAAUGAGCAUUACUAUUGAAACUGUGAAACCUGAAUGUUCAACCUUAACUAUUGGUGCUCUUCUCUUUCAUAAUACAUAAUGUUAUCACCUAUAGGAUGGAACAAUUGCAUUUAUGUGUAUGAAUGAAGUAGCAAGCAAAUAUACAUACAUAUAUACAUACAUAUAUCACACAUUUCUGGAUAGAAUGAAUCUACAAAUCUACAAAUCUUAAAUGAAAUUACAAAACUAGAAGCUUUAGACAGGCCUAUGCGUAAUACGAAAGGUUAACUUGCAUUAUAAUACUAUAUAAUUAAUACACAAAUAUCUGCCUCUACUGCUUACCACAAUUAUAUAUAAUAUGUAUGUAGUUGGCUAUUUCUGGUGAAGGAUCUAUUACUCAUCAGUCCUUGAAAAAUAUUUUCAAUCUAAUCUGUCUGUGAUCCUAAACUUAUCUACGAUGGAUGUACGUUACAUUGUGCGUGUAAACACAUUUCAUAAUUUAUUCUUUACAUGGAAUGUGAGGGGGAGAAAAUUUUCAACCAUAUUUUGUAUAGGAAUAAUUCCCAUACGUAAAAAAUGUGUAUAUUUAUUUAACCGGAUGGCGAGUUGUUUGGUUCAGGUCAAAGUUCAAACAUUAAAAAGUCACGUCAAGUAAGUCAUCGCACCUCAGAUAUUUCGAGCAGCCAUAUUUUUGCAGCUACUACUGACAAAAUCCAUUUUUGUUUUCAAAAUCCUGAUACAAAGUUGGUAAACUAGUCAAUCAACCAUUUUUUUCGUGGUAUUGUAAGUUAUAUAGUGACCUACGAGUAAUAAUGUUUAGAAGUACAUACAAUAAUUGUGUGCAAUUGAAAUUACUUAAUACAAUAAUUAAUAAUUAAUUGGAAACUUAAUAUGCAUUUUCGUGAAAUAAGUCAAAAUAUGUUAUGUUCAGUUCAGUAAUAAGUUCAAAUUAAAGAUCAAGCAAAUGAGGGAACUAGAAUUAUCGAUAGUAAUAAUUAUUGAUGCAUUUAUACCAAUAAAUAAUAUAUUUUGCCAUUACUCCUCCCACAAAACAAACUUAAAUUGUUACUAGUUUUAAAGGACAGUGUAAAGUAAAACUUGAUGUAUGAUAAUUUUCAUUUGUAUCCUAAUUUUGCAUGUACUUGAACAUCGGCAUGUUUCGAUUUAAUAGGAUAAAUUGACUUGUGUUUGGCUAAAGUAUUUAUGUAUGCGCAAAAGAAGUAUUUAAACUACUCGUGUGAGUAAAGUGAGUAAAUGUACAAGUAUAAAAUUAAAUCACUAGAAAAGGUAUCAUAAUUUUUUUUCUUCGAAUUUUUAAGAUGUGCUAACCAUCGCUAAAUUAGGCAGGUAGACCAAAAAUGAACACGUUUUAUGUCAUAUGUCGCGAGUUUCAAAAUAUGAUCUUUAUAGAACUAAUUAUUGUACAUACAUACAGGAUACAUGGUGCGCAUUUAUAUAAAUCAACAACGCGAAGGGGUAGUGGUAUCAAAUUUAACUUUACGUCACAAUCCGGGCUUCAGAUUUUAUUUUACAGGGAUUGCCUCGAGUCGGAUUAUAUUCAAUAAAUUCCUACUGGAAAACCGGAUUGUGAUAGAAUAGAUAAUCACUAAUCAAUCAUAAUAGGAUAUACUUCCAAGACAUGUAUACCACAAACCUCUAAAUUAGUUAACCAAUGUGAAAAUUUAAUAAUGUAUAGUUUUGUUUCCAUCCCCGGUA